AUGGCCCUGCCCUGGGCUCUGCUGCUGCUCGGCGAGGUCCUGGUGCAGGAUGCGGCCACCCAGGGCUGCCUCCUCCCGCCGGCUGCUUAUAACGCGGCGCUGGGGCGGCCGGCCAGCCAGUCCUCCGUCUUCCCCAACAUCAGCAUCGCUGCCAACGCGGUGGAUGGGAACCGGGACGGUGUCUGGCAGCACGGCUCCUGCGCCCGCACACUGAUGGAGAGGGAGCCGUGGUGGAGCGUGGACCUGGGCGGGCGCCGCGCCGUGGCGGCCGUGGUGGUGAAGAACCGGCAGGAUUGCUGCUGGGACCGGCUGCGGGGAGCGCAGGUCCACGUCGGGGACGCGCCGGCCGAGCGCGGCAGGGACAACCCCAUCUGUGGCACCAUCACGGACGCCGGCCCCGGCUCGCUCAGCACCGUCUGCUGCGCCGGGCUGCCGGGUCGCUACGUCUCCAUCCUCAUCCCCGGCCGGAAGGACGCGCUGGUGCUGUGCGAGGUGGAGCCUCAUGCCACGCUCCCACCGGCAAUUCCAGCCCCCAACAUGGCACGGGCUCGCGCCGUCGCCCAGUCGUCCACGCUGAACGCCAUCAGCCUGGCCGCCAACGCGGUGGAUGGGAACGACGAUGCCGACUGGGAGCACGGCUCCUGUGCCCACACCGAGAAGGAGCUGGAGCCGUGGUGGCACGUGGACCUGGGCCGCCGGCACGCCAUCUACGCCGUCACCAUCACCAACCGCCGCGACUGCUGCUGGGAGAGUCUCCUCGGCGCCCAGGUCCACGUCGGGGACUCCCUGGCCAACCACGGCAAGCGCAACCCUGUCUGUGGGGCCAUCUUGGACACCGGCCCCGGCUCCACCAGCACCAUCUGCUGCAACGGGCUGCCGGGUCGCUACGUUUCCAUCAUCAUCCCCGGCCGGGAGGAUUUCCUCGUCCUGUGUGAAGUGGAGGUGACGGCACAGAGCUGCCUCCCCCCGCCAGGCGCCCAAAACCUGGCCCUGCGGCGCCCGGCGGCACAGUCCUCCACAGCCAGCCGGGCCGGCAGCGCCAUCAACGCCGUGGAUGGGAACCGAAACGGUAACUGGCGGCACGGCUCCUGCUCUCAAACUGAGAGGGAGCUGGAGCCGUGGUGGAUGGUGGACCUGGGCCGGCGCCACGCCGUGGCGGCCGUGGUGGUGCGGAACCGCCUGGACUGCUGCUGGCACCGGCUGAAGGGCGCCCGCAUCCACGUCGGGGACUCCCUCGCUGGCUACGGCACCAACAACCCUGUCUGCGGCACCGUCACGGACACCGGCCCCGGCUCCACCAGCACCGUUUGCUGCCGUGGGCUGCGCGGCCGCUAUGUCACCAUCGCCGUCCCUGGCCGGGAGGAGCGGCUGAGCCUGUGCGAGGUGGAGGUGGUGGAGCAGGGCUGUGCCACGCUGCCCGGGGCCCAGAACGUGGCCCUGGGCCGGCCGGCUGCCCAGUCCUCUGUGCUGGACGCCGGCAGCGGCGCCGCCAAUGCCGUCGAUGGGAACCAGGAUGGCGACUGGGAGCACGGCUCCUGCGCCCACACCACAGAGGAGCCCGAACCGUGGUGGCGUGUGGAUCUCGGCCGCCGGCACGCCGUCUACGCCGUGGUGGUGAAGAACCGCCACGACUGCUGCUGGGAGAGGUUGAAGGGCGCCGAGGUCCGCGUCGGCGACUCCCUGGUCAACCGCAGCCGGCGCAACCCUGUCUGCGGCAUCAUCACAGACGCCGGCCCUGGUUCGCUCAGCACCGUCUGCUGCCACGGGCUUCGCGGUCGCUACGUCUCCAUCCUCAUCCCAGGCCGGGAGGACGCGCUGGUGCUGUGCGAGGUGGAGGUGAUCCGGCAAGGAUGCGCCCCGCUGCCCGGAGCCCCCAACGUGGCGCGGGAGCAGCGGGCGACGCAAUCCUCCACCUCCAACGGCUCCGGCGUCGCAUCCAAGGCGGUGGACGGGAACCGGGACGGGAUCUGGCAGCAUGGCUCCUGCAGCCACACGCGGCGAGAGCGGGAGCCGUGGUGGAGCGUGGACCUGGGCGGGCGCCGCGCCGUGGCGGCCGUGGUGGUGAAGAACCGGCAGGAUUGCUGCUGGGACCGGCUGCGGGGAGCGCAGGUCCACGUCGGGGACGCGCCGGCCGAGCGCGGCAGGGACAACCCCAUUUGCGGCACCAUCACGGAUGCCGGCCCCGGCUCGCUCAGCACCGUCUGCUGUGCUGGGCUGCUGGGUCGCUACGUCACCGUCACCAUCCCCGGCCGGGAGGAGCAGCUGGCUCUCUGCGAGGUCGAGGUCCUACACCGUCUUCCCCGACCUCUGAGGGGGUCUCGGAGUGACGGCGCUCGCUCCCCGCCAUCGCAGCCGCCCCAAUAA